GGAAGGAAGAGUCAGAUAAGGGGCAGGGUAUGCAGAGCCAGUCCCUCUCUGUGCCUGUUUGGUAUGUUCCUCUGUUUCAUCUCAUAUAAGAGAAACCAAAGCGUGACAUACCUAAAGAGAAUUUGCAGACCCUUCACAUUUACCACAACUAUUAUUAAUAUUAAUAUUAAUAUUUUAUUUUUAUUAUCAUUAUUAUUAUCAUCGUACCCUCUUCCACUCAUCCAUCCAUUACAAACAAUGCCUGCAAGUUUAGAACCCUUGGAUUUGGGGGUUCACAUACCCUACCACUUCAGAUGCCCAAUCUCGCUGGAACUCAUGAGAGACCCCGUCACCGUCUGCACCGGUCAAACCUACGACCGACCCAGCAUCGACUCCUGGGUUUCCGCCGGUAACACCACCUGCCCCGUCACCCGUGCCACUCUCACCGACUUCACCCUAAUCCCCAACCACACUCUCCGCCGCCUUAUCCAGGACUGGUGCGUCGCUAACCGCGCUUUCGGUGUCGAGCGAAUCCCCACUCCCAAACAGCCCGCAGACCCCGCCCUGGUUCGCUCCCUUCUCAAUCAAGCAUCCUCUGAUUCCGCUCCAAUCCACCUUCGUCUCUCCUCUCUCCGACGACUCAGACAACUCGCUCGCGACUCCGACAAGGACCGCUCUCUCAUUUCCUCUCAAAACAUCCGCCAGAUCCUUCUCCCUAUCACUUUCAACGCUGCGGACGAGUUGAAGCACGAGUCCCUCGCGCUACUCGUUUUGUUCCCCCUCGCCGAGUCCGAAUGCGCCGCUCUCGCAUCCGACUCCGACAAGGUUUGUUACCUCUCGCGGUUGCUCUCGCACAGCUCGCUUGAAGUCCGAGUCAACUCGGCCGCGUUGAUUGAGAUCGUCGUCGCCGGGACGCACUCGCCGGAGCUCCGCGCGCAGGUGAGUGAUGUUGACGAAAUCUAUGACGGAGUCGUGGACCUGCUCCGCAGCCCGAUCUCGUACCCGCGCGCUCUCAAGAUCGGGAUCAAGGCCUUGUUCGCGCUGUGCUUGGUGAAGCAGACUCGGCACAAGGCGGUGGCCGCUGGUGCGCCGGCGGUACUCGUCGAUAGGCUCGCGGACUUCGAGAAAUGUGACGCGGAGAGGGCGCUCGCCACGGUGGAGCUACUCUGCAGGAUUCCCGCGGGAUGCGCCGCGUUCGCUGGCCACGCACUGACUGUGCCGAUGCUGGUGAAGAUAAUACUGAAGAUAUCGGACCGCGCGACGGAGUACGCGGCCGGAGCGUUGCUGUCGUUAUGCUCCGAAUCGGAGCUGUGCCAGCGAGAGGCGGUGACGGCGGGGGUGUUGACCCAGCUUCUGCUUCUGGUGCAGAGCGAUUGCACGGAGAGAGCCAAGAGGAAGGCCCAGAUGUUGCUGAAGCUUCUUCGGGAUUCGUGGCCGCAGGAUUGCAUCGGAAAUUCUGACGAUUUUGCAUGCAGCCAGUUUAUUGGUGAAGAAUGAUACGAGGAUGGAUGUGGCUUGAAUUGGAAUCUGUAAAAAAGAGGAAGAGUGUAUAAGAAAAAUAAUUGAGAAGAUAAAAGAAUGUUAAAGUGAAACUACAGAUGGUGCAUUCCAAUGGAAGGCUAUCUAUAUAGGGGCAUUACCAUCUAUGUAUCAACUUGUAGUUGAACAGCGUAUUAGUCUAUGACUAAGAAGUUUGAGCAAGAACAAAACAGAGGGAACAGAAGGCUGCACGGGUUUGAAACGUCUUUGAAUGAAAAAGAAAGAGGGGGCACAUGUGAGGGAACAUGGUGGGGUCAAGAGGGUCCUACUACAAGGACUGGGAAAAUGGUUUAUGUGGCUUACAAAUAGAGGGGAGGAGGGUCACAUGUUGGUGGGAAUCAAACAAUUGUAUCACAUGGGUGCUUGCUUAUUUGUUAUUCUCUUCACUCCUUUUUCAAUAUUUUUUGAUGGGUACUGCUACAACUACUGGUGCUCACACAUCACAUGCCCAGCCUUGUUUCUGCUCCACAGUCCCUUACAGAUAGAAAUUUAUUUUGUCUUCCAAUCCAAGCUUGGGAUAUGUAGCACCCGGGACCCAUCAUCUACUGUCGCCCUUUUUAGCUUUUUCUAAUUAUCUUUUAUUCCUCCUUUUGGGACACCCACCUAAGGGAUGAGGUGAUGGGCAACCUUUCCAGCGAGUUUUAACAGUAAAUUAAAGUAUUCCAAGUCAGAGAUUGUGUAUUGUAUGUAAAGAUACUUAGGGUGAGAUUUCAUUCAUGAUUCAUCAGUGUCUUGCUGCUUUUGGGUUGUCUCCAAGAAAAGAAGUCAAAUUGAUAUUUACAUUGUUUCCCCUCUUAAUGGGAGACGCAUGAUAUCAUUGAUAUUUUCAUUGUUCCUUCGCGUGCUUGAUGUGUUGUUUUCAGCAGUACUACAGUACAGUUAAAUGCUUUCUGCAGACAACAAUUCAAACACUGGCGUAAGGGUCUUCGUCCAUAGUGAACAAUGACGAUUACUACUACCACCUGCUGAGCAUGCCAUGCAUGUAUUAUUGGGUUCUUAUGAUUCAACCAUCACUUUCACACACUAUUGAACACAAUAAAGUGAAAGACCACACGUGCUCCUCUUCACUGCUUUGUUUCUCAAGUUCACAUUGACAAAAUGUUGGCUGAUUCCAAUCGUGCACUUCCUGUUUAGAGUUCAGAGACCAAGAGUGGAACUGUUGUUGUCAAGGACUACGAGUGUCCAUGAUGGUGACCAUUUUUCCUGAUAAUAAUAUACACUAGCCUAUUUUCAUCUAA